GCGUCCGCCAUCGACUCCGUCAUGCCUUGGUCUUGAGGCCUGAGGCCUUGAGGCUUCAUGUUACUCGUUUCGCACUUCACCUGAGCCGCUUCGGCGACGUCAAUCUUGUUUUCCUCCACCGCCGCAGGUUCAACUGUAACGACAACCUUCCAGGAGACAUCUUGGUUGCCAGUGGACAUGUAUUCAUGGACUUAUUCACGCUGAAUGCGGAUGUCCUCACUAUCAUCCUAUCCCUGGUAGACCCAUAUGACGCCUUCCAACUAUCCUUGACCUGCCGUGCGGCCCAAGCAAUUGCGGUACCACGAUUCCUGGAAGCUGUCGUGUUCAAGUUCCCACUUCCGUGGCUCUGCUCCCCUAACGCACGACGAUCACCGCUGGCUUAUCCUGAGCUUUACGAGUGUUUCCGCACCUACAUGUUUGCGCAUGGCUCAAACCGACUUCGUCAGCUCAAAUCCCUCACUCUUGCCGAAGACGCAUUCUGCAUCCAGUAUGGGUCUCAGCAUCUGGAGCCGCCACGUUACACAUUUACGCUCGCAGCACCGCUCGCUGACGUUGUUCGCUAUGCAGUCGAGUUGCGAAAAAUCCGCAUCGACCACUCGGAAGCCAUAUUCGAUGCUGCGCCGCAGCUCGCCGAUGCCAUAGCAAACCUUCCGCAGCUCCAAGAGAUCUGCUUCUUCGGUGCCGACGUGUCCACCCUAGAACUGCUGUCAAGGACGCAAAGCCGUCCGCGCAAAGUCGAGCUUCGCAUCAUCGAAUACAGCAAUACGAUUGAGACCUGGUGGGGCCAGUAUGUCCGCGGAGGCAAUCGAUUCCUGAGCAACUUCACCGAGUCGUUGGAGGUCCUUAGUCUAUGCGGAGGCCUGGACAUCAUUGAGGAGCUCGAGCCGGGCACGGUCUGGCCCGCUGUGGUGGAACUCAGACUCGCGCGCGGCCCUACGGCGAAUCUGCAGGCCAUGUCCUGCGCGUUUCCGAAUCUACGUCGUCUGCACCUUGAAUGCCCGCCUGCGGCCAUUGUGGCUCCCAUUGACCAGUGGCGAGCGCUCGACUUCGUCUUCACGACACAUCCUCUCCCUCUUCAGUAUCCGGUCCGACACCUGAAGAUGAACUGGUUUUCGCUCGGACCAUACGUUCCCACUCCACAGCAUCAGGCCCUAGUCGACAGUACGACCGUCAUGUUACGAAACACCCAGCCAAUCGUACUCGAGUGUAGUGCCUGCAAAAGCACGUAUUCCUGCAUAGCUCGCAACGCGCCCUCGGUUCGAUUCCUGAGGAUCACCGGGGCACCCUCGCGGCAUCACACAGAAAAGGAGCGACAGCUGACGAAUGACAGGGCUGAUGCUUUGCUGACAUACGAUUUCUCGCUAUUGAAGGCACUGCCUCUCAAAGGGAUCGCUAUCGUUCUCCAAAGGCACCGACCGUGGCGAGAAAUCGCACACUGGGAGCAAUAUGCCCACGUCAUCGCUACCUGUAUACCAACACUGGAAUAUGUUGGCUUGCGCCAGAAGGCGAAAGCGUGGGCGCCCGUAGACCAAUGGGAUGGGCCCGAGCCGUACGUGUGGUAUCAUGUUGCCGAGCGUUCAGGACGAAUUGAACCGGUCGUAGAGCGUAUGUCAGACGUAGAAGGAGAGGUAGUUCAUUCCACGCUUCUUGGUACUAUGUCUCAGAUAUCUCGGCCUCGGGGUGGUCGCGCUGGACAGCCUAAUGUCCAACAAUGCUAGCCCUUACUCCAUGACUACUCUUCGUCGCUUCGAACGUCCGGAAUAGUUAUUGUACUCAUGCCGUUUCCUGAUAGGUGGCUAUGUUUAUAUGGCACCCACGAAGCGAUAGAUUCUUAAUAGAACCGGAGGUU